UAGGAUAUUUUGGGGGCACUGGGGCAAAGUUUAUCAAGAUGGUUUCCGGCCAUUCUCUGUUCGAGAAGCAGUUUUGAAAUUCAGAAUUUCACUUUGAACGAAAAUCAACCUUCGAUACUACAAAAAUAACUCCACAAAUUCUCAAUUUUUAAGAAAACAGCAGGAGAGAUGUCUUCCCAAGUCAGACUGAGGCUGCUGCCGAGUGCCAAGUGUUUGUUCGAUGAGCCUGUUCAGGUGAAGGUGGCCGGACUGAGGUCGAAGCAGCUGGUCACCAUGAGAGCCAGGUCGACUGACGAUAAAGGGGUAAUGUUCAGCUCCUCAGCCACCUACAGGGCUGAUGGGAGCGGGGAGAUCCACCUGGACAAAGACCCCUCACUCAGCGGGAGUUAUGUUGGGGUUGAGCCCAUGGGUCUGCUGUGGUCCAUGAAGCCAGAUGCUUUGCACAAAAGGUUUAUAAAAUUGAGUUCACUGAACCCCCAUGUGGUGAAUUUCUCAGUGCACGAGGAGGAGGAGGGCAAAAUGCUGGCAGAGGUGAUUAAUGAGAGGUUUCUGAUCGGAGACGGGGUCAGUCGACUCCCUGUCAGCAAGGGGAACAUCCGUGGGGUCCUGUUUACUCCCCCAGGAAGAGGUCCAUUCCCUGCUGUGUUGGAUCUGUACACUUUUGGUGGAGGUCUGUCGGAGAAAAGGGCCUCUCUGCUGGCCACCCGAGGAUUUGUGGUUCUGACUGUCGCGCUGUACGGCCAAGAUGAACAGGCAAAGAAUGUCAAAGCGGUCCAUAUGGAUUACUUUGAAGAAGCAAUAGAGUUUCUAAAAAAACAAGAUAAGGUAGGCAGUGAAGGAGUUGGUUUAAUCUCCCUGUCAAAAAGUGGAGAUGUCGCACUUUCCAUAGCCUCCUACCUGCCAGGUGUUGCAGCCACAGUGUGGAUCAAUGGCUGCUCUGCCAAUACAGUGUUACCCCUCCACUAUAAGAAAAGAGAAAUCCACUCUGUGUUGACGUUUGACGCAAACAAAGCCUUUCUCACUGAGACAGGGGCCGUCAAUAUCAAAUACGUUCUAAAGAGUCCCCUGUUAGAGGAGAAUAAAACCUCCCUGAUCCCCAUUGAAAGAGCAAAGGGACAUUUCCUCUUUGUGGCCUCAGAGGACGACCUCAACUGGGACAGCCACACUUUCAUGAAUGAGAUGAUGGAGAGACUGAAGCGUCAUGGGAAGGAGAACUUUGAGAGUGUGUCCUACCCUGAAGCUGGCCACUACUUGGAGCCACCCUUCGGACCCUACUGCCCCUCCAGCAUCCAUGGGGCUAUAGGUAUGCCAGUCGUGUGGGGGGGUGAGGCCAGGUCCCAUGCAGCAGCUGAAGUCCACAUGUGGAGAAAGAUCCAGGAGUACUUCAGAACUCACCUGAGCUGUGAUGCUGAACAAACCAAUCCCAAGUUAUAGAUGCAAAUAGGAUGAUAGGAAAGGCAAAUGAUGAUGAGAGUACAAGACAGGGCUGGAGCACACGGCUUCUUUCACUGCCUUUUAUUGUCAUCAAUCAUAAUUGAGAACAGAAAAUAUCACUUACUGCUGAGACACGCUUGGACAGGAUGAUCAAGAAUCAACCAAGAAUCACCAAAACACAGGUUUGCAAUGAAGAAGCUCCUGGAACAGUAACGCCUUUGUCUUCAGUCAGAUACGUUUGACAUCGACAUGGGCUGAAAGGCUACGAGCAACAAGGAAGCUCUUCCUCUAGAAGCGGCCCCUUAAAGCUUGACAGAACUUUGCUGUUGACCACAUGAACAAAGGAAAGGUCUUCUGCAGAAAAAUUUUGUGGUCAGAUAAAACAAAAACAGAGCUAUUUUGUCACAGUGACCUGAAAUAUGUUAGCAGAGAGAAGGUGAGGCCUUUAAACUCAACAACACCAAACCUACCAUUGAGCACGGUGGUGGCAGUAUUAUCAUCUGGGGCUGUUUUAAUGAUGUUAACGAAUUAAAGUAAUGCACCGUGGUAAGUGGAGAGACUCGCAUCAGAACAAACUGUAAUGUUUGCAAACCUUAGAAUGCAAUGUAAAGUGAUAUUUGUUUCCAUCAAAUGCCACAAUUUCUAAUUCUAAAUCUCUUGACCUUCAAACUUGGUUGUAAUCUCACAAAACUGAAGUGUGAUUUGAUGUGUUUUUUGAGGGUUCAAUGUAACUUUGAUGUUACUUUUGCCUCCAGAUUUGCCUUUACUAUAUAAAAGCACAUCGAAGGUAACAGAUUUGCUUUUCUGGAGAUGUUGCAUGUAAACCUUUUUGUCUUUGUUAAUUCCAAAAAAUGUACCAUUAACUGGGCAUUGGGGCUGCCAGUUAUUAUUAUGGCAAUUAUUGCUUAUGUUAAUGUAUAAUUGUUUAGUCUACUCUAUAACAUAACACAAGAAUUUUAAAUGUUGUAUCUUCUAAAUCAGAAAAGCAGCAUAUCCUGACAUAUGAAAGGCUUGACACAGAGAAUGAUUACCCAAUUUUGCUUGAAGAACGGCCUGUGGUUGAUGAUUUUAAUCAGUUCAUUGCUACAAAUAUAAAUGGGGCAUUAAAGAGUUGUACUGCAAAUUAACUGUUGUGAUUGGGUUUUUUUGAGAGAUGUUUAAUAAAAGAAGAUCAGAAGUC